UAAGGAACUCUAUUGGCACACAUUGAAGAUCGCCCACAUGCCCAGGUGUGUUUACCUCAUUCUGUAAAUCAUGGUAUCACGGUAUCCAUGAGAUCGUACCUGCGGCAUGCAGUGCUACGGGGUUGGAUAUACCUAUAUGGCCGGGCACUUUUGUCGAGUCAGGAGAAAGGCAGGAAGGAGUGGCCCAUUCGUAUGUGAUACGGUAGUGUUAAACGUAUCAUCAAUCUGCCUCAUUCUUUGCCGUUGCAACUUGGAAGUUUUCCAUAUUCUCCAGUAUUUCCUUUCCUUUAUUCACGACAUACCCCUUUUUUUACAUAGUCGCUCAAAUGCAGUCUUACCAUCAUGAUAUUCCUUCGAUCUCCAACAAAGGCAAAGAGCCUAUCCCUACCAGUUGGUCAACGUCUUCGCAGCCCUUUCCAUAUCAACGAAGACGCCCAAUCUCGCACUCAGGCAUCGCUAGACCACAAGCAGGUCUAAAUGCAUCUCACUCACUUGGUAUCAUGGAAGUCCCUGGACGCAGAAGCAGCACUUGGACAUCUUCUAGCUGCGACAGAGGCUUGCUUUCUGAACAUGAUGAGGUAGACAAUAGAGAAGAGUUCGUCAAUGAGUACAACCGACUUGCAAAGAAGUACGGUAUUCGAUUAUUUGUGCCUGGAGAUUUUCCCGUAGAUUCUUCUGCUCCAAUUCGAAAAACGAGCUGGUUUUCCAAAGCAUUGAGACGAUCAUCUUCUGGCCAAUCAACACAAACUGUGAUUGUUAAAUCAGACCAGCCGCUUCGACGUCGACGGAGCAUCAGUGAUGCCGCUUUGAACAUUGUACAUCAUCAAAAGAAAGAUGGAUUGGAGAAUGCAAAUCUUCAGGAUCUAGUUCGAUUGUGCGGGAAGAGUUUGCUCUAUUUGCCCCCAGAAUACACGCCUUGCUCCUUAGUGUUGCCAACAUGCUUCCGAGCACUUGCACAAGCACUCGUACAACAAGCUAAUACACGAGGGAUAUUCCGAAUACCAGGAUCGAUUCGAACCGUAAACACACUCUAUGAAUAUUAUUGCGCCGAUAGAGAUACAAGCGAUAUCUCAGAGACCACUCGGUGCCCGAAUCUUCCCAAUCAUAUCAAGUGUAACACCCACGAUGUCGCUUCUGCAUUCAAGAAAUUUCUGUCUGGACUACCUGGUGGCAUUUUAGGCUCACUAUCAUUGUUUGAUGCCUUCGUUGCAAUUCACAGCCAGCUUCACGCUAACCCCGAGCUCGCCAAAACCAAAGAGACCAAACUUCGCGCGCGGCUGAUUGCGCUUGCAAUUGGGACUGUAAAGUCACAGUAUCAAAGGGAGAUUAUUUGCGCAGUAUUCGGCCUAUUGUGCUUCAUCGGUCGAGCCGCAGAAAAUACUCCCCGCGAGGAUGAAGAUGGGAGACCUCUUCCAACAUCUGGCUUGAUGGGAUAUAAUGCCUUGAGCAUCAUUUUCGGGCCUCUUUUAAUCAAUGAUCUGAUUCAAUCCUACAAAAUGAAGGUGGCAGAUCCGGCAGUUGGGCUAGUAUUGCUGCCGGUAUCGAAUCCAAAAUCCCGCAAGGAGAGGCGCAAGCAUAGAAGAUCAAGAUCAAAAGCCACCGUCGAUGACUCAACCUCACUCAUCGCGGUAGACAAAUUGCACAUCGCCAACAGUAUUGCGGAGAUGCUGAUAGUGCAUUGGAGGGAGGUAGUUCGACAGAUGCGAACUCUAGGCACACUGAAGGUCAGAAGAAGUGAGCGUAAUGUUCAUCAUGUGGAACGCAGGCCUAAAUUGACCUCAUCGGCCUCGGAUACAUGCUCAUUAAGAAAACCGCCAGGUUGGGACGGUCCUGAACCAUUCCAUCAGAAAAAAGAUAGGGGCCUUUAUCCGAUGGCCAGAAGUCCAAUCCAAACACCGAAACCUAGCUUACUGGAGCCUCAAUUUACGUCUGAAGGUCAACUUGAGCCAUUAUCUAUGAAGCGACGACAAUCACGACGGAUUAAUUCUAUAGUCUCGACGAAAUGUCUUUCGCCAACAGCUGAGGAAAGUCCGUCAACCGGGCAAGCGCCUCGUAGACAUGAAAAUCUUCCAAUACGCCAUCACGGAAGUCCACUAGGCCAUGGGGUAGCUGGAAGUGAAAUGACAUUUCAUAGCGUUAGAUCCUCUUUUUCCGUACUUGGAAAAGAUGAGGAAUAUUUGACAGGGACUCCGAGGACGAUAACGCCAAUUAGAUCACCCCUCUCGAUCAAAGAUCUAUCUAACAGCCCAACUGGAGAACAUCUCGAUGUCCAGACUCGGGACACAAGCCCGGCUGACAAGUGGAAGGCUCUGACUCUGGCUAGUAGGGCUAGCACAGAAUCGUUGGCGAGGGCUGCGAAGGAAAGGCGUAUGAGACGGAGUCCUGGCAAUGGCUUUUUUCGACAUACAGACGAAUGCUUGGCACAGCGAAACAAGAGACCAGUCACACCGGAACGAAAGUGGGAGCUCACGAGGAAUAAAAGUGGCAGUACAUCGAUGCCCUCCAAACUUUCGCCCGAGAAGAAAAGCGUAUUCGAGAAAUCACGGUCUGAAAGUUCGGCAUCACCGACGAAAAAUGGGUUCGACCGAAGUAGACCAAUUCCACGUCGUUCAAGCUCGAAACCUCACAAUGGUGCAGUUAGGGCGAUGACUGCACUGUUUGACAAUGCUGCUAGAGAUUCGCCUAUUGGAUCGACAGCUGCACAUUCAGGCGAAAGAAGGAGAGGUUCUAAAGCACCCAGUAGUAUUCUGUCUACACAUUCUGGAAAAGUCACACCGACUAAAUCUAUCAAGUCUAGCGUGUCUCCGGCAGCCAGUAUACUAUCAAAGAAUUCCGACGCUUUCAAAGACAGAUUCCAACCGGUUUAUACACCGACGCGUAAUCCAGAAUUUGCUUCUGCUGUAAAUCAUAGCAACACUAGUCUCGCUUCCUCCAAGACUACUCCUGGCGACUUACGAACCAAAUUUCCACACGUUUCUCUACGUUCUACCGGUAGUUCGUUUUCUGCACCAAAGAAAAUGCCUCUUUCUUCACCGACUCCACCGGUUCCUCUGCGUGAUCGAGAGCUUAGCCAACCACCAAGUUUGGGAACCAUGAUUCCUCAUCAAGAAGAGCCUCCAGUAGCCCAGCACAUUACUUUCGCUCGUCCGUACCCGUUCACUUCACCUGGACAUUAUGAUGGCGAUGAUGAAAGGGUUUCAAGUGGGAGCCGGCCCGGAAGUAGUAAUUCAAUGCUCCAUGUUCAAAUCCGUCACUUACAAAAGCUGCUCGAACACAGAGUGGAAGAAAACACACAAUUACGGCGACAGCUAGAGGCUCGCAAGAAUAUGGAUAUCGGCAAAUUAUGUGAGCAACUCAGGAUAGCGAAGCGCGAAACUAAAAUGUGGCGUGAGAGAGCUGAAGCGGCUGAGAAGCGAAUCGCGGUCUUUAAGCAAUUUACAGCAAGGCUUCGAGGCAUCCGGGAUAGCGUUUCAUUGAGGGAUAGCAUACAGGAACUAGGCGGCGAGGGACAGGUUGACGGGCAAAGUCACCGCGUUACCAGACGAGGAACAGUGGGUGGAUCCGUUUCUUCGUCUUGCUCGGGGCAUACCUUGGACCAGGGGGACCUCAACGACCGUAUACGUCGAAAUAUGAAGAAAGGGGCUGCGGGGGUUAGCAAUGAGAAGAGUCGCAGCGAGGAUGACGACUUUUGGAGAAGUGGUGGUAGAACAAGACGGGACGGCUUCUGGGAGAGGAAGAUUUCUGGUGGCCGGACAGCGCAGUUGUGGGAUAUUGCCGAGGAGUUGCUGAUGCUUGAUGAGGAUGUAAAAUGAUGAGUGAUGGGUUCUAGCCUAAGCUUUCGACAACGAAAACUUGUGAGAUAGGGGAUAAGGCAAGGGGGUUCUGUCAUGGAUUAUGGCGGUAGUACUGAGUCGUUGUUUGUGCUGUUUGGUUAGAACAGGCUUAGAGAUAUAUCAUUCGACAUGCAUUGAGUGAAUCCAUGGGUCGUGAUUGUUUUAAGGAUGGGGUUAUAUAGUACAAGCUCCUUA